AUGUCCCAAGUCAGUCAAAGCAUCACGCUUGAGCAACUGUCCGACCACAAUACCCUACAGUCGCUAUGGACAGCGGUUCAUGGUCAUGUAUACGAUCUCACAGCCUUCAGCUCAGACCAUCCAGGUGGCAUCGAAGCACUCGAGAAUUGUGCCGGGACCGAUGGCACAGAGUCGUAUGACUAUGCCGGUCACAGCGAAUCAAAUAUGGCAAAAAUGCAGCAAUAUCGAGUCGGAACGCUUGCUGGAAGCUUUGAACAACAGGCUUCGCCCAUUUCUCAUAAUAAUACCUUUCCCGUUGAGAGCAAGCGGAUAACAAGCGCCACAUCUCGUCCCAAGCAGCGGAAAUUUCGUUGCUGGACGAGCCUGGCAGUCACUACUGUAUCCACAACUUCUCUCGUGGUGGCUCUAUCUUACCAGCGAAGUGACAGUGGUUUUGGUUACAUUUCCUCGACACUAGGUAUUUCCCAACUCCGAUUCAGAAACAUUUCGGACCAGAACACUGGAUAUGCAUUUUGGGCGGGCAUAGCAAUCGCUUCGUCCAUCAGCUGCGUGGGUUUCAGCUAUCUCUAUAAGCUGUUCUUGUCUACUCUCAACUACGAAAACGAUAUAUUCAGCUUCCCCCCUACGAUACCGAGAAAGACGAAAAAGAACUUAAAUCACCACGCUUCAAAACAAUCUACUUGA